GGAUUCCGCAUUCGGAAGAAUUAGAUGAAAAGAAUGAUACGAUAAAUAAAAUUUCGACACAAAUUGUACCCGAAAGAAUAGGACAUUAUAUUAAAUUAAAUUGGGCCAAAGAAAUUAAAGCAAUUACUAUUAUUCCACAAUUUGAAGUUUCUACCGCCAAAGCCAGAGAAAUAUUACCGAGCAAAUAUAAUAAACGCGACGUGGUUUUUAAUUUACAAAGGUUAGCAGUUUUAAUAAUGGCAUUAUCUCAAUCACCACCGGAUGCGGAUUUAAUAUGUCAAGCUAUGCAAGAUAAAGUUCAUCAACCAUAUCGUAAACAACUGAUUCCUGGUCUUUCCGAAAUAAUCACUAAUGUGACACCAACCACACACCCAGGCCUUUUAGGAAUAUGCCUGAGUGGGGCUGGACCUACAAUAUUGGCACUCGCAACGGACAACUUCGAUAAGAUCUCAAAAACUGUAAUAGACAUGUUUGCUGAGAGAAAUAUUGAGACGGUUGUGAAAGUAUUAGAUGUUGUCGAUGAUGGGGCUCAGAUCGUGGAAAC